AUGGACCCCAAGGAAUUUGAUGAAAUGGAGACAGAGGAGGAAGUCGAGACAGAUGAGGAGGAGGAGCAGACUGUGAAGGUUGGCAACCGCCCCUUCAACACAAGAGCAUAUGUCAACAACUUCAUCAAUGACAUAGAUACGACAAAGACCCAGAAGCACACCCCUGAUGCUGGCUAUGACCGUAUUCUCCAAGUCCAUGACCAUAUGCUGUCUGUGCAAGACUUUGAAGCUAGCCAUGACCAAUAUGGUGUUGGAUCCUGGGACUCAACCAGACAGCGCUACAUGAAGAUGACAGACAAGAAGGAGAGUGAAUUUGAUGGACAGUUGCUAGCGGCAUUGGCCGACAGGGUGGAGAACCCCAUAGAACGGCAACAAGACCUGAAGAUGUGGUUGCUCGGGGCCGCUGCUUUUUGUACUACAAGCCAGAUAGUGGAAAUGACUUGCCGAUUCCCAAGCCAUUGGCAGACGUGUAUGAUUUGCUGA